GUUAUUCAUGACAAAUUCGGUAUUGUUGAGGGUCUCAUGACUACUGUACACUCGAUCACUGCUACCCAGAAGACUGUUGAUGGUCCAUCAAUGAAGGACUGGAGAGGUGGUAGAGCUGCUUCCUUCAAUAUCAUUCCCAGCAGCACUGGAGCUGCCAAGGCUGUUGGCAAAGUGUUGCCAGCAUUGAAUGGUAAGCUGACUGGAAUGGCUUUCCGUGUUCCCACUGUUGAUGUCUCAGUGGUUGACCUCACUGUGAGGCUUGAGAAGAAGGCUUCUUACGAGGAUGUCAAGGCUGCUAUCAAGAAGGCAUCCGAGACCACAAUGAAGGGAAUUCUUGGUUACGUAGAUGAAGAUUUGGUCUCAACCGACUUUGUUGGAGAGAACAGGUGCAGUGCCGCAUUCUUCCAAUAA